UGUAUUAAGUUUCUGUUAAUACAUGUUUGUCAGAUUCAACUCCAGCCACGGUUUCCCUGUGGAGGUCGAUUCUGACACCAGCAUCUUCCAGCUCAAGGAAGUGGUUGCUAAGCGACAGGGGGUUCCAGCUGGCCAGCUGCGUGUGAUUUUUGCAGGGAAGGAGCUCCAGAAUGACUUGACGGUGCAGAACUGCGACCUGGAACAGCAGAGCAUCGUUCACAUUGUGCAGAGACCAAGGAGGGGUCCGGAAGCAGACGCACCUGGAGGGGAUGAGCCUAGAACCGUCUUGGGAGGCCCUGAGAGGGAGCCCAGGAGCUUGACGCGGGUGGACCUCAGCAGCUCCGUGCUGCCGGCGGACUCGGUGGGGCUGGCUGUGGUUCUGGACACUGGCAGCAGGAGAGACUCGACAGCAGCCAGAGGCCCAGGUAGACCGACCUACAAUAGCUUUUACGUGUACUGCAAAGGCCCCUGUCAAGGGGUGCAGCCGGGGAAGCUCCGAGUUCGGUGUGGCACCUGCAGGCAAGCCACACUCACCUUGGCCCAGGGUCCAUCUUGCUGGGAUGACGUCUUAAUUCCAAAUCGAAUGAGUGGCAAAUGCCAAUCUCCAGGCUGCCCUGGGACCAGAGCGGAAUUUUUCUUCAAAUGUGGAGCACACCCAACCUCCGACAAAGAAACCUCAGUAGCUCUGAACCUGAUCACAACCAACAGCCGGGAUAUCUCCUGCAUAACCUGCACGGACACCAGGAGCCCUGUCCUGGUUUUCCAGUGCACCCACCGCCACGUGAUCUGCCUAGACUGCUUCCACCUCUACUGCGUGACCAGGCUCAACGACCGGCAGUUCCUCCAUGACCCUCAGCUCGGCUACUCCCUGCCGUGUGUGGCUGGCUGUCCCAACUCCUUGAUUAAAGAGCUCCACCACUUCAGGAUUCUUGGAGAAGAGCAGUACAACCGGUACCAGCAGUAUGGUGCGGAAGAGUGCGUGCUGCAGAUGGGGGGCGUGCUGUGCCCCCGCCCGGGCUGUGGAGCCGGGCUCCUGCCCGAAGCAGGCCAGAGGAAGGUCACCUGUGAAGCGGGCAACGGCCUGGGCUGCGGGUUCGUCUUUUGCCGGGACUGUAAGGAGGAGCACCACGAGGGAUCCUGCAGCACCCUGCUUGAAGCCUCGGCAGCAGCUAAACAGGCCUACAGGGUGGAUGAGAGAGCCGCAGAGCACGCGCGCUGGGAAGAGGCCUCCAAGGAAACCAUCAAGAGGACCACCAAGCCGUGCCCUCACUGUGGGGUGCCCGUGGAAAAGAAUGGAGGAUGCAUGCACAUGAAGUGUCCGCAGCCCCAGUGCCGGCUCGAGUGGUGUUGGAACUGCGGCUGCGAGUGGAACCGCACCUGCAUGGGCGACCACUGGUUCGACGUGUAGCAGGCGCCGUGGGCACUGGGCCCUGGCCACGCCCUCCUCUCGGAAGCACCCAGCGCCCUGCCUUCAUCGUCUAGUUCACGUUUCUCUAAACACAUCUCACACACAUACACACACUCACACACACACACACACACUCACACACACACACACACACACACACACACACACACUCACACACGAGAACACAGGCUUCAAGGUCUCUCCACGAUCACAAAAGCAAAAUGAUAGAGAAAGCUGCUGGAUCUCUUUUACUACAUCCAUGAAAAACAGCAGAGCCAAUCCCAACACCAGCAAGAGGUAUUUCCAGGCCUUAGAACUACGCCCAGAGUAAACUGCAGCCCGUCUGUUCUGAACAGAUCCUUCUUGCGUGGAUUCAAGUCAGGCUGGCUCGCACAGGGAGCCAGUCUCCAGAUUCGUUUCCUGCAUUGUACUUUCAACCAACACGGUGGAGGAGCCCCUGGCAAGGUGGGGACAGCUCCUGGGGACUGUCGCCUGAGGGGCCUCUGCAAGGUGGACUGAGGGACUCUCAGAACUGAGUUCCUGGCUUUCAGAGCAACAUUCAACAUUUAACUUUUCAGAGAGCAGGCAGUCCUCAAAAAACCCCAGGCAGUAGUAAAAGAUAUGUGUUUAUCCCUAAGAAUUCUAUCUUUAUAAAUUGUGCUGAUGAAAUAUCAACUAUGCACAAAUCAGCUUGUCAACUAAGUGAGAAAUUAUGAAAGCCAAUUUGAAUGUUGAAUGUUUAAAUCACAGGGAAGAAAGCAACACUUAAUGUGCUUUCAUUCCAUUUAAUUAUUUGCUACUUUAGAAAGAAAUCGCUUAUCUGAAAAUAUUACAAAAUCUAUCGUUUGAUUUUUAAGUAUUCAUUUUGCAGCUUGGAAAUUAGCUUGUGCAUUUGGCAUUACUGUAAAUUUAAUGAAUAAAGGGCUAUAAAGGAGACAUUUUCAAAAACCAUUUCAUAGUGAUAUUGAAUGCUAACAAAAGUGCAGGUUAUUAAGUAGAAUCUUUAAAGAAAGAGCCUUUCCAAGGCGUCCAGAUGAAAGCAUUUCUGACCCUCUUCAUGAGAAGGGUGCAGGCCCCAUGCGUCCCCACUCUCCCUCCACUGCUGCCCCAGGGAGCCAUGCAUGGGCGGCCGGCUCCCGCAAGGAGAGUUCUUUGCGUAGGACAAUAAACUCACUUAUUCCUCAGGUUACCUGCAUCAAAUUUGAGUGUUGGUCAGAUUUUCAACUUUUCUCUUUUGGAGGCAAUGCAACACAUCAAAAAAAAUUUUUUUUUCUCUAGAUACUGUGAGACACAUUUCCUAUGGCAAAAAUGGAGGUGAGAAAACACAAGAGCUGCCUGUCGACAGCUCCUCGGGAAGACCAUGAAUGUACCUGAGGGCAAAGGAGUGCUGGCACAGGGAGGCCCUUCUGGGUUUGGGGAGCUGGAAAUUCUAAACUGGUCACCAGUCCUCUCCUCCUAGGUGGCUCUCUGUGGUCCUUCCGAGGUCACGACCCGAGGAGCUUCUUUCAUGCUCCAGGGAGCAUUCUGCCCUCCACCCCUCGCGGGUACUGUGCCGGGACAAGACAGGGCAAUGACGUCCAUGUGCACAGCUGCUCCAGCAUGUUCAAGCCACAGGGAGGUCCGUGGCCGUGCUGAGCCCCGACCACAAUCAGGACACAUGUCACUGACAAUCCCAGCCAAUUGCAGCUCCUUGCGCCAACUCAGGGUGACACCCCAGAUGGCAUCGCCUGUCCUGUGGCACAUGGGGCACUUUGUAUCAGUCUUAGCUUUUUCUUUGUGAUGCUCUCAUUAUUGCUUCUUCCAAAUCCACGUAGUGUGUUGGGUUUGCCACCGCGAGUUGCAGGUACCGUAGCAGCCCCUGGAGCUGUUCAGCUGUCAAGCAUGGUCUCCUUUGUGGUUAUUUUUUUUUCCAGAAUAGAAUAGUGAUUCUUAAAAUAACUUAAAGGAAAAAUAGGCACUGAGUAUGAACAUGAAUCACAAUAUUAUUUGAACACGAAUACUGUAAUAAAAUAUAGCACAAGAAUGGAAGUAAGAUCUUUGCAAAAAAAAUCUUUAUUUUUCUCUGAAAUGUGUUAAGAAAUAUCUGACAGGUAUGUCUACAAGUGUGCUUAAUUGUCAAUAAAAGUAUCCUAAGAGCUCU